GGUCAGAGGGUUUCGAGAACAGAGUCUGUUUGGCUUCAUCAUCGUCUGAGACUGGUUCGUCUUCUUAUCAUUGCAAUGUGUUCUCUUCUUCAGUAUUUCUCCACUACAGCAAUAUCAUUCAGAACCCAAAAGUACGUAAAUAGCCCUCAGGUUCAUCGCUUAUCUCUCGUUGGAACCCGUAAUUAUCCUCAAGCGUUGAGGGCAACUUCGUCAAUUGAUGAAAUCCCUCCUAAUGCUGUUCGCCGGAAAAAAGACCAGAACUGGAGAGGUGGGUUCAGUCUCGGCGUAGAUUUAGGUUUAUCUCGAACAGGAAUCGCUAUUAGUAAAGGCUACUCCGUUAAACCUCUCACGGUUUUGAAAUCGAGAGGACAAAAGCUUGAGACUAGGCUAUUAGAAAUAGCAGAAGAAGAGGAGGUUGAUGAAUUCAUAAUUGGGUUGCCGAGAUCUUCUGAUGGGAAAGAAACGGUUCAGUCGAACAAAAUCCGUUCUGUUGCUGGACGUCUUGCUGUUCAAGCCGCUGAGAGGGGUUGGAGAGUUUAUGUAUUUGAUGAACAUGGGACAACAUCAGAAGCUUCAGACCGAAUGAUUGUAAUGGGACUCAGCAAGAGUGAGAGACAGAGCAGAUCAGAUGCAUACGCUGCUGUGAUAUUGUUAGAGAGGUAUUUCUCUACACAAGGUCUAGGAGCUGAGAUCAUACUUCCCAAGAGUUUAGAGCUUCAAGAGAAGAUCAAGAACGGUGCAUCUGUAGACCCUGACUUUAAUCCGGACAAGCUUGAAGAGUAUUACACAUUCUAAACUUAGUUUGCUUUGUGGAAUUCUUGCUAUUUUAAUGAUCAGUAUAGGAUUACAACGAUUGUGUAUGACCUUGUUAGUCCACAUGGCUGACAGUUUUGUUAAAAUCAAACGAAAAGAUCCGAUUUUUUUGUGUG